UCUAUCAUUCUCUAUGGGUGGGAGCUUCCCAAACUUUUUUUAAUAUCACCCUGUCAUCACAGAAACAUUGAUGAAGAAGUGACUGGCUGCGACUUCAACGGUUUGUUGGUGUAGCUUUCAUUUAUAACCACAUUUUCACAGCAAUUAGCCUACAGAAUGCGUUCCCUUGGACUGUGUAGUUUGAUGUUGCAUGUGAUCGUUGUUUGUUCCACGGAGUUGACGUUUGAAUUACCUGAUAACGACAAGCAAUGUUUCUAUGAAGAGCUCCAGAAUGGAGUGAAGUUUGACAUAGACUUUCAAGUGAUUGCAGGAGGGAACUAUGAUGUGGACUGCUUUGUAACAGAUCCAGUGAACAACGUCCUGUAUCAGGAGAGGAAGAAGCAGUAUGAUAGCUUCUCUCACACCACCACUAUGAAAGGAACCUACAAGGUCUGCUUUAGCAACGAGUUCUCUACCUUCUCACACAAGACCGUCUACCUGGACUUCAGGGCCGGAGAGGAGAGACCCCUACUGCCUGACAUGAACAGAGACACUGCCCUGACACAGAUGGAGUCGGCCUGUCUGUCCAUCCAUGAGAUCCUGAAGGUAGUGUCUGACUCUCAGACCUGGUAUCGGUUACGGGAGGCUCACGACCGCAUCAGAGCCGAGGACCUCCAUGAGCGCGUGUCCUAUUGGUCCAUAGGAGAAACCAUGAUCCUAUUCACUGUCAGCAUCGGACAGGUUCUCAUUCUCAGGAGCUUCUUCAGCGACAAGAAGGGCAGUGUUGCAGCCAACACAUAGGUCCUACUAUAUAUAUAUAUAUAUUGAUACAUUCCAUAAUACUGGGUUACUGUUUUAGCCAACACAAGAUAUUGUAUUACAUGUCAUCUGCCACUAGACUGGAACCUACCUUAAUACCCCACAACAAACUGUAGUCCUAUACAGUUCUAUUAAAGGACUUGAGGACCUAUUACAUCUGUCUGGUAUUAAGACUUUAGCUUGUGGAUUCUAGCCUCUGAAAAUGAAAUACUGUGGUUGCAACAGCCGUUUAGUGAUUUCAGUCUAAAUAGGUUAGCAACCUAACACACCUGUGGUACACCAAGCCUUAAUCUGUUUUUGUCUCAAAGUGUACAUUAAUUUGUGCUAUGACAUUAAUUUAUUGUGUGUGUAAAAUGUUUUGUAUGUCUGUCUCGCCCUCUCUCGUGUACACAGUCACACACACACACACACACCAUAACCCCACAAUUUGAUUUCCAUUUGAAAUCCUAUUUUUCCUUUCCUUAACCUUUGUCCCCACGAGGGAGAAUUUUCCUUGUUUUACUAUCCUUGUGAGGACUUUUGGCAAUUCCUGGACCACUUGAGGAUAGGGGCGUGUCUUGACUAUCAUUAAAGUGAAGAAUGUUAUAUGA